GGUAACAAUCCUGGUGAUCGUCGGCUGUAGCCCUUGUGGCUGAUGCUGUGGCUGCUGUUGUGACUGCUGUUGUGACUGCAGCUCCCAAGUCAGAGCACACCACCAAGACCAGCAUGGAUACCUGGCUCACCCAGACACAGCGGGGCAGGCGAGCCCAUGCCGGCGAAGCUCACCCGGCUCCGCCGGGUCGCGAUUGGCCGGGGUGCUGGAGCACAAUGCGCGUCUUCGUCAUUGCUACUCAGAAAAUUGUCUCCCAAUUUCCCAAUUCACGCUCCGACUUCACACAGAGCUACGUUCCGCUUUUCAUCGCACAAAUGUUGGCAUCCGACGACCCCGAUGACUCCGAUGACUCAGUGGUCUAUCUAGGCAGCAAACGUCGUGGGUCUCCUGCACCUGCUCGUCUUACGACUGCGACCGCUGCCCAAAUCGAUGCUCCUCCCGAAACGAAUACAAAUCUAGACAACAGCGGCAGCCGCCACCACCAGCAACCGAGAACGAGAGCGAGACCUGGUGGCAAAAUGAUCUAUCCACGCGCAAUUUGGCAUGGGCCUACUGCUGCGACCGCCGAUCGAACGAAGGAUCCCAAUCGCCGAGCAAAUACAACCUCACGACGACAUGUGUCGGACAGAAACGGCCACGGCCACGGCCACCGAGGACCGAGAACGAAACCGGGGCCAAGAUUAUCCUCCGAAGCGACUGUUCCCUUCGAGAUCAGAAACAAAUAUUUUAAGUUAGGUUAGGUAAAGAAUUGGAACAAGUCCAACCCCCCGCCAGGCGUUUAUGGGAUCUUUGAUAGAGCGGGCCGCCUCCACCUCUUUAGGGGGCAUGAAGGACCCGAGUCUUCAAUGGAGCGUCCUACAUCUGUGCCCAUUGAUCACGGCAAUGUUGAGUACGACUCGCCCUUCAAGGACAUGUUGCAUGCAGAAGUUCGAAAAAA